AGAGAGUGCGCAAAAGAGAGAGAAGGAAAGUGAGAGACAGGGGAGGGAGAGAGAAAGGAGAGAAAGAAAAGGGGAGUUAUUAAGGGGGGCAGCAGAAAAAGAUUGUCUCAGAGUCGUCAGCAGAAGUGAUGGACUCAGCACAUAGAAAGUGAUAGUCUUCUCCUACCGGGCUACUGACCAGACAAUGCUGGCCUCUCACUGCCUGCUGCUCUCUCACUGCCUCUGAGGAAACUACCCAUUACAUCUAACACAUUUGGAUGUAUUCUCUUUUAAUUGGGUUUACUCAGGUGCCAAAGAGCAAGUGAUCCAGAGAGAGAGAGGGACAGCCCCAAGCAGCUUUUACACAGACUGGUGAUGACUUUCUUCAAGGGGACACGUCAAUCAGUGUUGCCGGGAGGGCAAGGGAACUGAAGGGGAAACAAGCUACAGUCUACAAUUAUCUGGUGUGUGUGAGUGAGAGCCCUUCCCAGACUGAUGGAGCUCCCCGUGGUGCUGCUGUUCCUAGUGUAUGGUCUUGUCUCUGGAGCCAAGCAGCCCCAGGGUCCGAGGAGCCCUCAGGAGAGCAACCCCCAGGCCAGGAGCAAGGAAAGGGAGAGCAGUGAGGAUGGCCUGGAGAGAGCGUUCCUGUAUGCUGGGCAGAGGAGCAGGCGAGCCGCCGCCGAACCCCAGCAGCCCGACAAGUGUUCCUACACCUUCAUCGUUCCCCAGCAGAAGGUGACAGGGGCCAUCUGUGUGAACCGCAAGGAGCCGGAUGCAGCGCUGGAGAACCGCGUCAACAAGCAGGAACUGGAGCUGCUGAACGUGGAGCUGCAGAAGCAGAAGAAUCAGAUCGAGACGCUGCAGCAGCUGGUUGAGGUGGACGGAGGUAUCGUCAACGAGGUGAAGCUGCUGAGGAAGGAGAGCAGGAACAUGAACUCCAGGGUGACCCAGCUCUACAUGCAGCUGCUACACGAGAUCAUCAGGAAGAGGGACAACGCCCUGGAGCUGUCCCAGAUGGAGAACCGUAUCCUCAACCAGACCUCAGAGAUGCAGCAGCUCACUAACCGCUACAAGGACCUGGAGCACAAGUACCAGCACCUGGCCACUCUGGCCAACAACCAGUCGGUCCUCAUCGCCCUGCUGGAGGAGCAGUGCCAGCGUCGGUCCGUCAGCCCCCCUCGCCCUGUUCCCGUCCCCCAGCCAAGGCCACAGCCCCCACCCCCACCUGCACCAUCACCACCCAUCAACAAGCCCUACCAACCUCCCACCUACCCACGCCUCACCAACCAGAUCACCAACGAGAUUCAGAGUGACCAGAAGUCUGUACUGCCUGUCAUUCCUACCAUGCCCAGCGGCACAGGCAGCCCCUCUAUCACUACCAAACCCUCUGGGCCAUGGAAGGACUGCCUACAGGCCCUUGAGGAUGGCCACACGGCCAGUGGCAUGUACCUGGUGAAGCCAGAGAACGCCAACAAACUAAUGCAGGUGUGGUGUGACCAGAGACACGACCCUGGUGGCUGGACCGUCAUCCAGAGGAGGCUGGACGGAUCAGUCAACUUCUUCAGGAACUGGGAGACUUACAAGCAAGGCUUUGGGAACAUCGAUGGAGAGUAUUGGUUGGGCCUAGAGAACAUCUACUGGCUGACCAACCAGAGGAACUACAAGCUGCUGGUGACUCUGGAAGACUGGUCUGGGAGGAAGGUGUUUGCAGAGUACGCCAGCUUCAGGCUGGAGCCUGAGGCAGACUUCUACAAGCUCAGGGUGGGCCGCUACCAUGGCAACGCCGGAGACUCCCUCACCUGGCACAAUGGCAAACAGUUCACUACGCUGGACAGAGACCAUGAUGCAUAUACAGGUAACUGUGCCCACUACCAGAAGGGAGGCUGGUGGUACAAUGCAUGUGCCCAUUCUAACCUCAACGGAGUAUGGUACAGAGGAGGACACUACCGCAGUCGCUACCAAGAUGGAGUCUACUGGGCUGAAUUCAGAGGAGGUGCCUACUCCCUGAAGAAAGUAUCUAUGAUGAUACGACCGAACCCAAACACCUUUCAUUAAAUAUCCAUAAACAAGACCAAGUAGCCCCUUUUCAAAACGACUUCCUCUCCACAAAAACCUCAAUUCAAACAACUCUUGAACUCUGAAAUAAAGGCAUCUCACACAGCCAGAUCAAGAAGCAGAUGACAUAGAAAGUGCAAUAUCUAAGCCUCAGGCAGGACUCUUGGUGGAGCAAUAAAGGAGAAGCAGGGUGCAUCCUGUUGCUCCAAAGACGAACACAUGUAACGGUGUGGCUGUAUGCCUGCUUCUCUCCCUUUAAAUGUAGUUCAAAUGUGUCUGUUUACCUAACUUUGAGCAAAGUGUACUACUGCCUUAGAACUGAUGGUACGGUGUGAUUCAUAUGGGAGAAAACAGGAUGAAAAGAAGAGGAGAGCGUAUGUCAGUUCACAGUGCUCACACUAAGUAGCUUGGGACAGCAAUCUUAUAUCGUAGUCCGUAUGUUUUAUAGUGCAGAACAUAAUUUUAUGAGAAUGAAGUUGACGCAGGACAUUAUAUCCAGUGACUAACCUUAUGGUGUUUAAAUCAAGCUCUUCAGGUGAGUAAUUUAUAGGAAACAAUAAUCACAUUUCUUAAACCAUGGUAUAGACAGGUACUCUUAAUAUGUUAGCCAUAAUCUUUGUCAACAUACACAAUCUAAUGUCUAUCACUUAUGUAAAAGGCGGAAUAGAUACAAGAGUCUGCUCUACAGCACUAGUACUGUCAAUAGUUAUGACCUGAUAUCUGGCUUACAAACUCAAAGUAACAAUGAUUUAGAUCAUUCCAAUGAACAUACUGCUGGUGUGGCAGAGUGCAAGGUACAGGGAAUAAUGACAACUGACUUAAUCAUACAGUGCAUUGGGAAAACAUUCAAACCCCUUGACUUUUUCCACAUUUCUACAGACUUAUUCUAAAAUUAAUUAAAUAGUCCCCCCCCCCUCCUCAACAAUCUACACACGAUGCCCCAUAAUGACAAAACAAAAACAGGUUUUUAGAAAGUUUUGCACAUUUAUAAAAAAAAAAUGAAAUAUCACAUUUACAAAAGUAUUCAGACCCUUUACUCAGUACUUUGUUGAAGCCCCAUUGGCAGCGAUUACAGCCAUCUGUAUUCUUUGGUAUGAUGCUACAAGCUUGGCACACCUGUAUUUGGGGAGUUUCUCCCAUUAUUCUCUGCAGAUCCUCUCAAGCUCUGUCAUGGUUGGAUGGGGAGCGUCGCUGCACAGCUAUUUUUAGGUCUCUCCAGAGAUGUUCGAUCAGGUUCAAGUCCAGGCUCUGGCUGGGCCACUCAAGGACAUACAGAGACUUGUCCCGAAGCCACUCCUGCCUUGUCUUAGCUGUGUGCUUAGGGUCAUUGUCCUGUUGGAAGGUGAACCUUCGCCCCAGUCUGAGGUCCUGAGCGCUCUGGAGCAGGUUUUCAUCAAAGAUCUCUCUGUACUUUGCUCCGUUCAUCUUUCCCUCGUCUCCCAGUCCCUUCCGCUGAAAAACAUCCCCACAGCAUGCCACCACCAUGCUUUACUGUAGGGGUGGUGUCAGGUUUCCUCCAGACAUAACGCUUGGCAUUGAGGCCAAAGAGUUCAAUCUUGGUUUCAUCAGAUCAGAGAAUCUUGUUUCUUAUGAGCAAAGUCCUUUAGGUGCCUUUUGGCAAACUCCAAGCUGGCUGUCGUGCCUUUUACUGAGGAGUGGCUUCCGUCUGGCCACUCUACCAUAAAGUCCUGAUUGCUGAAGUGCUGCAGAGAUGGUUGUCCUUCUGGAAGGUUCUCCCAUCUUCACAGAGGAACUCUGGAACUCUGUCAGAAUGACCAUCGGUUUGUUGGUCACCUCCCUGACCAAGGCCCUUGUCCCCUGAUUGCUCAGUUUGGGCAGGCGGCCAACUCUAGUAAGAGUCUUGAUGUUUCCAAACUUCUUCCAUUUAAGAACGAUGGAGGCCACUGUGUUCUCUGGGGACCUUCAAUGCUGCAGACAUUUUUUGGUACCCUUCCCCAGACCUGUGCCUCGACACAAUCCUGUCUCAGAGCUUUACGGACAAUUCCUUCGACCUCAUUGCUUGGUUUUUGCUCUGACAUGCAUUGUCAACUGUGGGGCCUUAUAUAGACAGAUGUGUGCCUUUCCAAAUCAUGUCCAAUCAAUUGAAUUUACCACAGGUGGACUCCAAUGAAGUUGUAGAAACAUCUCUUUGUUUGAUCAAUGGGAACAGGAUGUACCUGAGCUCAAUUUCGAGUCUCAUAGCAAAGGGUUUGAAUACUUACGUAAAUAAGGUAUUUCUGUUUGUUUUUUAAAUACAUUUGCAAAAAUUCUAAUAAACUGUUUUUGCUUUGUCAUUAUGGGGUAUUGUGUGUAGAUUGAUGAGGAACACAAAACAUUUAAACUAUUUAGAAUAAGGCUGUAACUUAACAAAAUGUGGAAAAAGUCAAGGGGUAUGAAAUCUUUCCGAAUGCACUGUAAGUCUAGAUGGUAGAGUGAUAUUCUAUAAAAUAUAAUGGUUACCUGCAGCAGUCAUUUUUCAAUAUUACUUUAUGACAUGAAACCUCAAAUGUAAGGCCAGGUAUUCAUUUGCUUGCAACAAAGCAACCAAGCAAUGUAUAUGUACUGUAUAAAUUAAUUGUUGGUGUAAAUUGAGCCGACACAUUUUGUCUGUACAUAAAAUAUAUUUGUAAUAUAACGUAACAAAGCUAACAUGUAUCACUAUACAGUUGCAAUAAACAAUGUGCAGCUUC